AUGGGGUCCCAAAUCACCGCCUCCUCCCUCCCCCAGCUCCUCGAGCACGACACAUGCGUCAAGCUGGCGGGCAUCGACGUCGACGGCAUCCUGCGAGGCAAGCUCGUCUCCAAGAAGAAGUUCCUGUCCAUUGCUGAAGCAGGAUUCGGCUUCUGCUCCGUCAUUUUCGGCUGGGACAUGCACGACCAGACCUACCUCAAGGAGCUCAAGGUGUCCAACGCCGAGAACGGCUACCGCGACAUUCUGGCCAUUCCCGACCUCUCCACCUUUCGCAGGGUGCCGUGGGAGAACAACGUGCCAUUUUUCCUCGUCAACUUCUUCGACCCGGACACCAAGAAGCCCAUUGCCCCAUGUUCAAGGGGCCUGCUCAAGACGCAGCUGGACAAGGUCCACGCCAAGGGCUACGGAGCCAUGGCUGGCGAGUCCUUGACAAAAGCCGAAUACGAAUUCUACACGUUCCGCAACCCAAACAACGACUCGGCCUCCCCCGCCGCCUUCCUCCAGCAAAACCCGCCUCAUCAACUGCCCUCCCUGACCGAGGGCAUGUUCGGCUACUCGCUCAACCGCCCCGUCCACAACAAGGACUGGUACUACAACGUGUACAGCACGUGUGCCCGCUUCUCCUGCGACAUCGAAGGCUGGCACACCGAGUCCGGGCCAGGCGUCUACGAAGCGGCCCUCGAGUUCGGCGAGGUGGCUGACAUGGCCGAUCGCGCCAGCCUGUUCAAGUACGUCGUCAAGAGCGUGGGCAUCAAACACGGCAUCACGCCGUGCUUCAUGGCCAAGCCGAAACAGGGCCUUCCCGGAAAUAGCGGCCACAUGCACAUCUCCAUCGUCGACGGCGACGGCAAGAACCUGCUCGCCAGGGACACCAUGGACCCUGACGCCAAGUGGAACGACAUUGCGGCCCUGUCCGAUCUGGGUCGGCACUUCCUGGCAGGUCUCCUCGAGGGCCUGCCGGACAUCAUGCCCAUGCUGGCCCCGACGGUGAACUCGUACAAGCGGCUCGUCGAGAACUUUUGGGCGCCCGUCACUGUGUCGUGGGGGCUGGAGCACCGCGCCGCUUCUAUUCGUCUUAUUUCCCCGCCGACGUCCAAACCUGGCGCCACGAGGUUCGAGGUCCGGACGCCCGGGGCCGAUUCAAAUCCUCACUUUGUAUUGGCCGCCAUUCUGGGCUGUGGGUGGUGCGGCGUAGAGAAGAAGCUGGAGAUUCCGUGCCCGCCGCUUGCCAUGGGGCAAGAUACAGGCGGUGCGGGCGACAUGGGUGAGCGGCUGGCCAAGAGUCUCAAGGAGGCCACGGCGAGAUUUAUGAGAAAGGAUAGCAUCGCGAGGGAGAUUUUCGGCGAUGAUUUCGUCGAACAUUUUGGUGGCACCCGAGAGAACGAGGUGCGGUUGUUUGACGAGGCUGUUACGGAUUGGGAAAUGAAGCGUUACAUUGAAACCGUCUAA